CUUUACUCUUCUCUCUCAAUCACAAAGCUUUUGCCAGAUUCCACAAUUCGAUGCCGUCGACGAAGAUCUUGGUCUUAUCCAGAAUUGAAGAAUACCCUCUUCGUCGAUUUUGUUCAGAGACUGAUUCGUGACGAACAUAAUCAAACGAUGAAACCAUUUUAAGCUCAUCGAGAGAUUUCCUUAAAAUUGUCUCGUUGUUUGAGUGUGUUUGUUAUGAAUAAGACUCUGAACCACUCUAAUCACGAAUUCGACGGAUCAAUGGAGAUGGGAUUGUGUAAUUCAGUCUCAAUUAAGUAUUAUAAUCAAAGGAUUUGGUUUGGUAAUGGAGAUUUGAGAAGAUGUCUACAAGGUGUUCGAUGAAAUGCGUGACAGAGGAAAAAUGCAACCAACGAUCGUGAUUUACAAUUAUCCUUAUUGGGUUCUUAUGCCUAGACGAUAAUCUCUGUCAAGCAGCGACCUUUUUCAUGAUUAGCAAUUUUGAGGAACUAAUAUUCAAAUAUUGUGGAGAAGUUAUGAUUUUUUUUCUCUUCUUUUAUAUGAUUCUUCUCCAAAACCAAACCACUAGAUAAUGUGAAAAAGUUAUCACCUGCUCCAUUUCAUCAACUCCAUCUUCCUUGUAUUAACAAUCUCAUUUCCUGUAUGUAUAUAUACUCUUUGAGAAUCUGAUUCUAUCAUCACAAUCAUUUACUUCAAACAACUAUCUUUGCUUCUCUGAGUGAUCUUCUUUCUUGUUCAAUGGCAGGUCAAAAGAUACUUUCUUUACUGGUUAUAGCUCUUGUUGUUACUUUUGCAGCUGCGGCUCGGCUUCUUGAUGAAGAAGAUGCAUUCUCAGCUACCACAACAACCUCUGGCUCUGGCUCAACUGCUGGGUCAGGUUCCACUGGAAUUGGUUUUGGUGCAGGAACAGGGUCAAGUGGUUCAGGUUCCACGGGAAUCGGUUUUGGUGCAGGAUCAGGGUCAUCUGGUUCAGGUUCUACUGGAACCGGUCUCGGUGCAGGUACAGGGUCGAUACCAUUAAGUGGUUCAAGUCCUUUGACUACAACUGGUUCUGGUCCUCUACCAACAGCCGGUUCUGUUCCUGGUUCUUUAGUGGGUGGUGGUUCUGGUUCUUUACCAGUCGGUGGUUCAGCAACUGGUCCAGGUGGUGCGGGUGCCGGUCCAGCUCUUGGUGGUGGUGCGGGUGCUGGUUCAGCUCUUGGUGGUGGUGCGGGUGCCGGUCUAGCUCUUGGUGGUGGUGCGGGUGCCGGUCCAGCUCUUGGUGGUGGGGCGGGUGCCGGUCCAGCUCUUGGUGGUGGUGCGGGUGCCGGUCCAGCUCUUGGUGGUGGGGCGGGUGCCGGUCCAGCUCUUGGUGGUGGUGCAGGUGCCGGUCCAGCUCUUGGUGGUGGUGGUGUAGGUCCUGAUAACACAUUGGUAUUUUUUAUGCACGAUAUACUCGGUGGUUCAAAUCCCACUGCCAGAGCCGUAACUGGAGUCGUCGCGAACCCGGCUUUAAGCGGCCAACUCCCAUUUGCUAAACCCAACGGCGCAAACCUUCCUGUAAGCAACGGAGUUCCAUCGAACAACAACAACAACGGGAUUGUCAACAACAACAACGUCCCUUUCCUGGUUGGACUCGGCGGAACCACGGCUAACAUUCUCCAGAACAACAAUAACGGAAACAACAUUUUAAAUGGUUUCCCUGUUGCUAGUGGCGGUCAGCUCCCAAGCGGUUCUGCUCUUCAGAUGCUAAUGUUCGGGACAAUGACAGUAAUCGAUGAUGAACUAACCGAAGGCCAUGAGCUCGGAUCUGGUUUGCUCGGGAAAGCGCAGGGAUAUUAUGUUGCGAGUGCCAUUGACGGAACUAGCCAGACAUUGGCUUUCACUGCGAUGUUUGAGAGCGGCGGUUAUGAAGAUAGUAUAAGCUUCUUUGGGGUUCUCAGAACAGCGGUUUCGGAAUCGCAUAUAGGAGUUAUGGGAGGUACCGGAAAGUAUGUGAAUGCGAGGGGAUUUGCGAUUCUGAAGACGUUUACAGGAUCUAGCGGGACGCAGCAGAAUCAGCCGCAUCAGUUCACUGAUGGGCUUGAGACUGUUCUCGAGUGUACCGUUUAUCUUUCGUACUAGUUUUAUUUAUCUUCUUCUGUUGGAGUUUGGGAAGGUUUGGUGUGUAUGUGAUGUGUGUCCUUUGUAAUCUACAUAUGAAACUUGUGUAAGAAAAUUGUAUUUACUUUCUUUUUUAAUUCCUGAUAUUACUGAUUUCUUUGGAGCAAAAUAUCUAUCUUUAAAGUA